UACACCAUGACGUUUGUUCUCCUGUCCUGCUGCGCCCACAAACUCAUUUGGUUCAAGGCGUCCUCAAUGUUGCAUACGUUUACAUGUAUAUAUUUAGCCAUCGAAAUUGGCUAUUUAGGCAAAUAAAGAGUUGCUAACAUUUUAAAGAUCACUGCCAUGUCUUUGGAGAAAACGUCUGACCUGGUUAAUGAAAACACUUGCGUGUCCUCAACUUUAACCUUAGAUCUCCGGUCCCCACAUAGCGCUCUUCUCGACGCUGACCUGUGUAAAAAUGUCAAAGGCACAACCACGUCCUCUAAAAAGCGCCAUAAUUAUGCCACAUCCACGCCUUCGGACCUGUUGAACGGCACGAUGAUGGACAUGGACGACGGCGAGUUGAGCCGUCGCGAGGAGGAACGGGUUCGGAACCACGAGAAUAAACAGGGGCAGAGCGAAACAGGAAGUAAAGCCAAGUGGGUCAAAGAAGGCCAGAAUCAACUGCGCAAGGUGGCAGAGAGGCAACAGGACCAUAAUCGCAACCCCGACGCAAAUCUGAACCACAACGGGAGUCCCGAUGACAACCCCAACCAGAAUUCUCAGGACGUGGAGUUUCAGGAGGACAAGAGUACCUUGAAGAGCCUUCGGUCUCUGUGCUCUGAGGUCAGUGAAGCGCUGCUGAUCGACACCUCCGCUGCUCCUCAGGGGGAUGAGGAGGGGGAGGAGGAGUCUCUGCUCCUGCCGGGCGGGGAGAGAGACACAGACUCGUCAGAGGCCCAGAGCAGCAGUGAGUCCAGGAGAGAGGAGAGCGCGGACGGAGGGACAGCGUGCCUGACGUCUCAGGGGGCUCGAAACGGAGCCCCCAGUGACGAAGACUCCAGCUGCAUGUCGCUGUCCCAAGGCAGCACGGCCAACAGCAGUCCUGAUGCUGACCCAGAGUCGUACUGGGACCGCAGUGCGUUUGAAACGGAUGCAGACCUGCCAGCGGGCUGGAUGAGGGUGAGGGACACCUCGGGGACCUACUACUGGCACAUCCCCACAGGCACCACCCAGUGGGAGCCCCCGUCCCCCGCAGAGGAGGGGGAGCCCCAGGAGAGACCCUCCAGCACGUCCCCCGCCGUCUCCCCCAGCGAGGAGCAACAGUUGACAUGGAGUGGGGUGUCUCCCCGCCCGAACAAGUUCAACGAUGAGGACUUAUGGAAGGAGGAGGAUGUGAACUCUGACCAGAGCCUGAAGGAGUUUGAAGGAGCCACCCUGCGCUACGCCUCCAUCAACCUCAGCUGCUCCCAGUCUGAGGGCAGAGAGAAGCUGGAUUCUCUCAUCAAUGACCCAGACACCAAGGUGUUUGCAGUGCGCUCACUGGGCUGGGUGGAGAUUUCCGAGGAGGAGAUGGCCCCAGGAAAGAGCAGCGUCGCCGUGAACAACUGCAUCCGCCAGCUGUCCUACCACAAGCACAACCUGCACGACACAGCUGGGAUCUGGGGGGAGGGCAAAGACAUGCUCCUGGUUCUGGAGAACGAGACGCUGAAUCUGAUUGACCCUUUGGGCCAGACUGUGCUGCACUCUCAGCCUAUCGUCAGCAUUCGAGUGUGGGGCGUGGGGCGGGACAAUGGCAGGGACUUUGCCUAUGUGGCCAGAGACAAACUGAGCCAUGUGCUGAAGUGUCACGUGUUCCGGUGUGACACGCCGGCUAAGAACAUAGCCACCAGUAUGCAUGACAUCUGCUCCAAGAUCAUGGCCCAGAGGAAGACGUCUAAGACCUCUGUGAACAAACUCAACAUGGAUCCUACCAGACUAGCUGACAUUCCUUUCCAGGAAUUCCCAGCGCCAAAAAACGAGCUGGUCCAGCGUUUCCAGGUGUCUUACCUGGGUAACGUUCCUGUAGCCAAACCUGCAGGUAAGGAAGGCUUUGGGAUGGACCUAGUGAACGUUGCCCUGGAAACCGCGUUGAACUCCAAGUUGCAGGACGAGUGGCCGUCGGUGACGGUGAACGUGGCCUCCGCCACCCUGACUAUCAUCGCUGCCGAGACGCAGGAAGUGAUGUCGAAGUGCCGCGUGCGUUUCCUGUCCUUCAUGGGCGUGGGGAAGGACGUCCACACCUUCGCCUUCAUCAUGGCCGACGGCCCUGGAGACUUUGUGUGUCACAUGUUCUGGUGCGAGCCCAAUGCUGCCAGCCUGAGUGAGGCUGUCCAGGCAGCCUGCAUGCUGCGCUACCAGAAGGUUCUAGAUGCCCGGCCGCUCAGCUCCUGCCUGCCGGGGCCCCAGGCUGACUCUGUGGCCCGCCGUGUGGGGUCCAGCAUGAAGAAGGGCGUCCAGAACCUCCUGGGCAGCUUCAAGAGGUCCGGGGCCCAGACACCCUGACCGCCGCCAGCCAGCCAGCCAAUCAGACACCCUAACCGCCGCCAGCCAGCCAAUCAGACACCCUGACCGCCGCCAGCCACCCAAUCAGCUUCUCUGUGACAGUCCUGCUGUCUCUUUCCAAACCCCUCUCAGACCCCCCCUCCCCUCCAGUCUUUCCUGGUUGGCUGGCAGAGCUGUGGGCAGGGAUGGUUGCUAAGGAGACGACGACCAACUGUCACCAACUGCCCUGCACUGGCCACUGCUGCUUCCUGUUCUGACUUCCUAACGCCACUGCCUGAUUGGACGAGAUCUACCAUCUCCGUUCACUUGGAACCCAUUUCACAUUUAGUUUCCCGUUUUUCUUUUUAUAAUUCUUUUCUUUUUGUUGUUGUUGAAAUGACGUGUUGUUGGGCCCAAGCAGCACAUGGUCCUGACGGAGGCAGCAGUGAAGGGUUUUUCCUUUCGUUAGAAAGGUUUUAUCAUACUUCUAGGAAGAGAGUGCUGCUCACAAACCAUGAUGUCUGCUGUUUGACUGAUCUACAGACUGAUCUGUUUGUGAAAAUUGAAAUGGAAAAAAGGUGCAAUUGAAUUGUGAAUGUCGACGUCAUCUGAUUAACUUUGGGUCUUUGGUUUUUUGAAAAAUUUAGAAAGGAACAGCAAGGAAUGGAAAAAAGCCAAAUAUCAAAAGUAGUCUGUAAACUAAAUGUUAAAUAUCUAACUAUCAGAGCUGAAAGAACACACUCAUGUAGCACUGUCAGGAAUGAAAAUGAGAAUGUUUUGGGACUUAGUUUGUAUACUGAGACAGUUUGUAUUAUCAUGACCCCAUGCUUGUCCUGAUAAACACGGAUUCAGUUAGGGAGCUGAGGAACUAACCAGGGCUUCAACUUUGUUUUAAUUUGUUUAACAAAUUGCAGUGAAAGAAGUACAUCUCGCCAAUGUAGAGAAUCUUUCCGAGCGGGAGAGAGAGGCUGAGUUUACUGUAGAGAGCAGCUAAGCCUUUUCACGGAGGCUUUCUAGAUCAAAAGAAGAACGUGUCUAUAUGUUUUAAAUGUCAACGCUGUUCCUGUGUCUUGUGUCAACGCCUCCAAGUCCAGCAGUUUUGUGUGUAAUUCUGUUUUCAUAUCGUUCUUCAUUAUUCAUAUAUUUCUAUUUUCAUACAUGUUUUACAAAAAUUAUGUCUGUCAGAUUUGAUAUGUUACGUUUUUUUGUUUUUCUUAACAGCCAGUUUGUGGAGUUACUGGAAAUGCAAUAUAGAAAACUUUUUUUUUUUUUUUUUUUUUGGUCGAUCAUUUCUCUUUUUUUUAUUUGUGUUCUACCUUUGUCUGGUUUUAAGUGUUUCUAUAGAAGGUGUCAUCCAUAGCUGUAGUUUCUGUUCCACUUUUCUCACCAGGGCACGCGUGGACACUGUCUCUUGGCAAUAGAAACUAUGCCUGUCAUCAUUAGUUGUGACACUACAGUACUACUAACAUUACACACUUACAUACAUACACUACAUGUAUGUUACAUACACUAUUAAGUAAAUACACUACUUACAAAACACGUCGUUAAACUUUGUUACUCAUCGUUUUGUAGAAUGUUUAGCUAACUCAUUAGUUAGUGUGGUUUCCGUUAUCAAGUGUUACACUAGAACACACUAAAUGACAGUUACAGUUGGUGCCAUGUCACUUACGAUGUGUGCUUCCUAACUCAUCCUGGUUGCGUGUUGCAACCAGGUCACUCUGCUUGAUUGUUGUGAUUGUUGACGUACAGUACUGUGUCAAAACCUCGGGCACAGGCUUUUACAUGAUAAUCGUCUUAAAUAUUUUUGAUGUGUGUGCCGUAUUUGUUCGGCAGUAUGAAAGGGCAGCGUUGAGAGAAUUGUCAUUUCAUUACGUUUUUUCAUUUCAUGAUUUCUUUUUCAAAAUGUGUAUUUGUGCCUCAGGCUUUUGCACAGUACUGCAGAUGUAACCUGCCAUGAGAUCUGUUUGCCAGGCCUCACCCUUCCAGUUAGGCAGUGCAUGUCACAACACUAAUGUCUCCCUUCAAUCUGAUGGCCCAGUUUCCCAGACAUGGAUUCAUCCUUGUCCUAAAGUAAGAGAGAAAUUCAAUGAAGAUUUCCCUUGAAAAGUGUUUUUUUUUGCCUAAGACUAGGCUUCAUCCAUGGCUGGGAAACAGGGCCUACAGUUUCUUGAAGGAUAUUAUGAUAUAAUAUGAAACGUCAAUAAAUGAUUUACAUCUUGUACCUUCAGGGCCAGCUCACGACCCAAACGUACAGCUUCUUCCAUGGUGUGAUACCCAGAGAAGCCAAGGAAAUAUAUUAUCCAUGUCAAUCUCAAGUAACACGAUCUUCUUUUAGCUGAUGAAUGUUGCACACAGUGUGGACAUAGUGUUACUGAUUAUUCUCCUGUGAGAGAUAUUUAUUAAGCCUUAUUUAGGAAACGACACUGGUCUGUUCAAAGUCGUAUCACACUUUGAUUGGAUAUCAACUGAUCGCUAGAGUGCAAGAAAUACUUUUUUAUCCUUAUUUAAAUAAGAUGAAUCAGAUGGUAUGUAUGUAUAUAGGUAUAUCACCGGUCACGUUGUAAAAUUAAAAAACCUUUUAACCCGAUGGUUUUUCUAUUUUGUUUCUGUGGGAGUCAGAUGGCUGUGCGGUGAGAGAGUCGGGCUGGUAAUCA